AUAGAAGAAGAAAUUAAAGAACCGUAGAAGAAGAAGCAGGAGGCGGUUUGUUUUGCUAGCAGGACGGAGCGGCGGCGGGGAAGUUUUAACCGGAGAUUUACCGUCUGAACCGGGAGAAACAAGGUUGGAUGAUGUUCUGUCGUUGCUGCUUCGUCCUCAUUCUGCUCUUCACUCGGUCCUCGGCUCACAAUGACUUCUUCACCUCCAUCGGUCAGAUGACGGACCUGCUGUUCAUGGAGAAGGAGCUGGUCUCCUCUCUGAAGGACUACAUCAGAGCUGAGGAGCACAAACUGGAGCAGAUCAAGAAGUGGGCCGACAGACUGGACGUUCUCUCCUCUGCUGCCACUCAGGACCCUGAAGGUUUCCUCGGACAUCCAGUAAACGCCUUCAAACUGAUGAAGAGGCUGAACACGGAGUGGGGGGAGCUGGAGAGUCUGGUGUUAACAGACAUGUCUGAUGCGUUCAUCUCCAACCUGACCAUCCAGAGGCAGAACUUUCCCAACGACGACGACCAGACCGGAGCAGCCAAAGCUCUGAUGAGGCUUCAGGACACCUACCAGCUGGACACCAACACCAUCUCCACUGGAGAGCUGCCAGGCUCAUCGUCAGUCACCUCCCUGACAGUAGACGACUGCUUUGAUCUGGGGAAGGUGGCGUACUCAGAGGCUGAUUACUACCACACUGAGCUGUGGAUGGUCCAGGCCCUGAAGCAGCUGGAUCAGGGAGAGACGUCCUACCUUGUGGACGCCGUCACUGUCCUGGACUAUCUGAGCUAUUCUGUCUACCAGCAGAGGGCGCUGGAGAGGGCGCUGGGCUUCACCAAGAGGCUAUUGAAACUCGACCCAACACACCAGCGAGCCAACGGGAACCUGAAAUACUUUGAGUACCAGCUGUCCAAACGGAAGAAGGCCGAGGCGACGGAGGAGGAUGACGGUCGAAGUCCACCUGAUGAUUACCUGCCUGAGAGGAAGAAGUACGAGCAGCUGUGUCGAGGAGAAGGCAUCCAGAUGACUCCUCGCAGGCAGAGCCGCCUCUUCUGCCGUUACUACGACAACAACCGCCACCCGAGGUACGUGAUUGGUCCGGUGAGGCAGGAAGACGAGUGGGACCGUCCGCGCAUCAUCCGCUACCACAACAUCGUGUCGGAUAAAGAGAUGGAGAAGGUCAAAGAGCUGGCCAAACCCAGGCUCAGACGGGCCACGGUUCAUGACCCUCAGACAGGCAAACUGACCACGGCUCAUUACAGAGUCUCCAAGAGCGCCUGGCUCGGAGCGUAUGAACAUCCAGUGGUGGAUAAAAUCAACCAGAGGAUCGAAGACAUCACCGGCCUGGAUGUCACCACAGCCGAGGACCUGCAGGUUGCUAACUACGGUGUCGGAGGUCAGUAUGAACCUCACUUCGACUUUGGACGGAAAGAUGAGCCAGAUGCUUUUGAGGAGUUAGGAACAGGGAACCGGAUCGCCACCUGGCUGCUUUACAUGAGCGACGUGCCAGCAGGGGGCGCCACCGUCUUCACCGACGUCGGAGCCGCUGUCUGGCCCAAAAAGGGGACAGCCGUGUUCUGGUACAAUCUGUAUCCCAGUGGAGAAGGAGACUAUCGGACCCGACACGCCGCCUGUCCGGUUCUGGUCGGGAACAAGUGGGUUUCCAACAAAUGGAUCCAUGAGCGAGGGCAGGAGUUCAGGCGACGCUGUGGCCUCCAGGAGACCGACUGACCACCGACCUUCGUCUUCCUCCAAGCUGCUGAGUGUCACUGCACAUUAUCUACAUGUUUAUUUUUACCUGGGCUGUGUGUUAGGGUGUGUUUGUUUAGUUGGGAUUCAUGGAAAUCACCGCCUUUAUCGGGUUUAUUUUGCCAAUAUUCAGACGUCUGCACAUCCCAUCCAGAUUUUCAUGUCGGGAACAAAGAACGCUGCAGAAAGAAUGGAUUCAGGGAGUAAAAUUAGAGCGUUUUAUUCCGAUCUGUUGCAACAACAAGCAGAAAACACAUUAAAUUAAGCUUCUUCAGGGAAACCAGCUGCUCUAGAGCUCUUUCUGUCCGUUUAACAUCUUAAAAACAGGAAUAUCUGACAUUAUAUCUGAGCUGAUUUCAUUAAUGAUGUCUUCAGUCUCCAGGUUAGUCACAUAAAAGUGAGCAGACAAGAAAAUGUUGAGUUUGGUGUGACUGAGAGCAAAACAUCACAGAUAUUCACUGAUUUAAAUGUAUUAAGCAGCUUUUAGUCCCCAACAUAAAGAUCCAGUUCAACAGCUUAAUGAACAAGAUAACAAAGAAGAAGACGCCUUCAAGGUUUUCUCCCAACCAGCCAAAGAUAAAUGAAGAUUCACGCAAGAAAUUACAAAAAGCGCUCUAAUUUUAAUGACAUCUGUGUAGAUUCUCAGUCAUAACAAUCCUGUUAGUUUCAGUAGAAACCAACUGGACAUCUCUUUUAGGUUCUGGAGGUUCUUCUCAAAAAUGACUCCAAAGUCAUCAAAAAUGACUGAAAGAUUUCUCAAAAAUUACUCCAGAGCAAGGGUGAAAGUAGUUUUAAAUUCUUGCCGGAACUAUUACCAUUAUGUCGGUCGAUGCUAACCGUUGUAAAUCCUGUUGAAAGUUUUUCAGCCAAUCACAAGAACAUGUGGAAUUUCAGGUGUAAUUUACUGCUUGCCCCGUCCCGGCGCAAGCGGCGCUUAUUGACGUCUAUUGACUAGUUGUGGAAAAUGUCCCAGUGCAAUAAAUCAAGCGCACCUAUUUGGUAUUGGCUGCUACUGGCCAUAACAAUCGCUGUGUUACGGAAGUAGACACGCAUGCGCCACUCACGUACUGCUGAGUGAACUCCGGUCGAUAGCAGGUAGCCGGGCGGCGUACCCAUAGAUACCAGUGGAAGAGCGGCAUACCGCCACUGGAUCUUUUCCUGGAACUGUGUUCCGCCACCAGAUCUUUUGCUGGUACGCAGUUCCGGACUGUUCCGGCUUACUUUCGCCCCUGCUCCAGAGUCGGCCAGAAUGACUGACACCUUCUAAAAAAUGACUCCAGAGUCGUCCAGAAUGACAGAUAUCUUCUAAAUAAAAAAUGACUCCAGAGUUGUCCAGAAUGACUGACACCUUCUAAAAAAUGACUCCAGAGUCGUCCAGAAUGACUGACACCUUCUAAAAAAAUGACUUCAGAGUAUACUGGAUUGUUAUGAUUCUCAGUCAACAAGGUCAUAACAAUUAGGUUGGCUUCAGCAGAAACCAGCUAUAUACCUCUGGUAGGUUCUGGAGGUAGGUUCGUCUACCAGAGAUGUCUAGUUGAUUUCCACUGAAGCUCCUAGAUUUUACUUCUGGUUUGUUCUCAUAGAGUUUCUUUGUUCUUGACAUUUUAGAUGUAAAUCGCUGGGAUGUCUGAUCGGUGCCUUCUGUUACUGUUUCACUCCUUUAACGCUUCGCUGCAGGUCAUCGCUUUGGUCAAGUUUUAUUUUCAUUAUCUGCUAAUUUAUUCUCUGUUUUUUUAAACUUCUUGUUCGUGUUGACGUGUUUAGACAGAAAACUAAACCUCGAGGCUCCAAUAAUGUCUUAAAGCUGCCAGAAUCGAUCAACUUAUGGUUGAUAAUUUACUCCUGAUUGAAGUCUUUAAUACCUGGGAGCCUCAGCAGAGACUCCAUCCACUUUCUUUCUUGAGGCAAACCAGAGUUUGUGCUGCAGGUUUGAAUCAUGUUUAAGUUUCAGCUGAAUUUUGAGAGUUUCAUGUUUUCAGACUGGAGACUUUUCGAGUUGCUACCCUCAGAGAAACCAUUUUAAGGUUUCACUGUAGACCCCCAUCAACAUUAGGUUCUGAUUCAACAUCAAGAUUUAGUCUAAAGAUCUAAAAACUCUCUGGUCAAACUUGAACACAUCAGUUGAAUGAUGUCAUUUAUUAUAAUAGGAUAACAUUGCUUUUCAAUCAGUAAAGAAAGGAUGGUUUUACCUAGCUGACAUGUUUCAACUGCAUCUGCUGUCUUCUUCAGAGCAUCAUCUGGCAUGUGCUGACGUGUCCUUUUUAUCAGGUGACCGUUCUGACAGAUCUGUCAGAAUCUGUCAUCAUGGGCACGGACACAUACGAAAAACAGCUACCAACAUGCUAGAUGAAAGGAACACAUACAUAAUACUCAAAGACCUCACAGAACAAAAGAAAAGGACAUUAAAACCUCUGUUGAAACCCCUAGUAGAAUCCCAUAAAAUAACCCAGGAAGCAUAAACCACCUCAUACCCACAGCCAACGUUAUCCCUCGGAUAUACGGAACACCAAAAAUACAUGAAAAAGACACAGCGCUGCGCCCUGUAGUGGACAGCAUCGGAUCAGUCACUUACCUCUCAAAAGCUCUGAUAGAAAUCAUCAAACCCCUCCUUGGUACAACACAACACCACUACAAGAACUCACAACUGGACAAGAACUCAACAAUAUCACAGGAGAAGAAGACGAGAUCCUCAUGACAUGACGUAGUUUCAUUAUUCACUAAAACCCCCGUAGACGUCACAUCACACGUCGUACAGGAAGGACUCAUGAAGGACAGGACACUGAAACAACACACACCUCACAGUAAACGACAUCAUCACAUUACUCCACCUAUUUUCAGUUUAAAGGAAAAUCUACAGUCAGAAGCAAGGUUUACAAUGGGAGAUCCACUAUCUGUAAUAAAGAGCAACUUUUUCAUGGAGGAGCUGGAAACUAAACCAUCCACACACUGCAGACCCACAUUCUGGAAACGGUACGUUGAUGGCAUCCUGGAAAUAAUAAAAUCUGGACACACAAGAACUCACUGAUCAACUGAACAACAUGGACGACACGGGAAACAUACAAUUCACACACGAAGAGGAAAUACAACGGACCGUUUCUUUUCUGGACUUAAACAUACAUCAUAAAGAACAUGGCAGCAUCAAAAUAACAGUUUACAGGAAACCCACACACACAGACCAGAACCUCCUCUGGACAUCAGAACAUCCCACAGAACACAAACUACCAGUUAGAACACUGUUAGAACAGACUACCAGUAGUUAGAACACUGUUAGAACGGACCAGCAUCAUAACUGAUGAUAAAGAAAGACAGAAGGAGGAAACACACAUCAGAACACACUCACAUACUGUUAAUGUCCGAUAUGGACCUUAAGCAAAGGUAAACAACAAGCCAAAAACAAAACAUUCACAAAAACCGGACAAUAAAAUUAAAAACCUAAUCACCGUUCCAUAUAUCAGAGGGACACAGAACCCAUACCACUCAUAAUGAAGAAACACAGCAUUACCACAGCAGUAAAACCACCUAGAAACCACCUAGUCCAUCCCAAAGACAGAAUAGAACCGGACAAUGAAUGCAACAUCAUUUAUGAAAUACCAUGUAAAUCAUGUGAGAAAACAUGCAUAACUAAACCAGCGUGGGUUGAAUGUUCAGCUCUUUUUUCCAUUUUCAAGGACUAGUUAAUUAUUGUCAUUCAGGACAGUUCUGAGGCAUUCUAGGCAAAUUUCAAGUCACUUAGGACAGUCUUUGACUUUGGACACAUUUUUAAUCAUUUUGGACAUAUUUUGAGUAAUUUUUGUAAUUUCUGAGUCAUUCUGACCAGAUUGCAAGUCAAUUUUCAUCUUAUUUUGGACACAAUUUGAAUCAAUUUAGACUCAUUUUGGAUAUUUUUUCAGUCAUUUUACACAGAUUUUAAUUCUAAAUAUCUAAAAUCUUUAACCUUCUCUGGUCAAACUUUCCACAGAUCAGAUUCUACUGAUGCUAGAGCCUUAAAAGUUGGAGAAAUGCCGACCAAAGACUGGAGUUUAGUAGAAAUAUGGAUCCACUUUUUGGAGGCACUGCACUGAACAUUUUACACUUAGUUCCAUUUCUAAAGUUCACUAAUGAAUAAAUUCAUCGUCUGUUGGAUCCAUUCAGUCGUUCUGAUGAAACUAUUCUGAGUUCUCACCAAGUUUCAUGGCUGUAGGAGUUUCAUUUCUGGAGAUAUUCAACCAUUUAAAUCGCUGAUCAGGUGUUUUUUGAGAGGGAAAACCCAAAAAUUCUCAGGUCUGAAAACAUGAAAAUCUCCAAAUUCAGCCCACAGAAGUGAGUUUUAGAUCCCAAACAACCAAUAAAUAAACUCUGUUCUCUGAAAUGACA